AUGGAUAUGGGAAGUGGAUAUACCCCACCAUUUUUACUGGUAGCCCCAAGAAAAAUUCGAGUGAACUACGAAACUCCCACUAGAUUAUGCAAUAUUCUGGGUGUGGGCAGACAACUGGCACAGGCCAUUGUUUUGAUACGGGAAAAUACGGGAAAUUUGUUACCACAUACUUUAGAGGCAAUUAUAGGGCGGCCGCUGACCUUUGGUGACAUGACCGAGUUGGAUUUUAGUACUAACCCCGCAUUAUUUAGAGAAGCCCUGGGGUAUGGGGAUGGGGCGGAACAUGUUGGGGAGGGUGGAAUGGGGCGGUCAAUCGCAAAUAGGCCCAUGGACCCACACGAAAGGUGGAUAGAUAUGUCUGUGCUCGAGAAGGAGUCGGUAAGUCAGGAUCACGAGAGGGCCCAACUAGAAGCCCAACUUUCGGCUCUUGAGGCGGACGUAGCUCAAUGGGACGAUUUUCUUCCCCAGAUUGCAAAGCCUUUGUUCCCAAAGCGUCUGUUGUUACAGCCGGACCAUAUGAUGACAAGCAUACCGAAACCGUUUAAUGUCGCAUCAAGCGUCCCCGCCUCGCCCCCUUUGUUAGGUUUGCCCCAGAGUAGGGACAAUGGGCCUACGGGAUCCCAUCGUGCCUCAAGGGGCCCUCUUGCCCCGAAUGGUCUACCUGUCCUAAUUCCAUCUACCAUCACUAUUCCCAUACCCAGCAAUGCACCGGUUUUCAAUAAUUUGCCCGGACCAAGCAACCCUCCUGGCCCAAGUAUUCCCCCGACACAGAAAGAUCGGGAUGUUCUGACAAAAUUGCCUAAGAGCCUGCUAUAUGAUGGGCAGAGCAAUUGGUUUGUUUUUCAGAGCAAAUUUGAGCGCUACGCAAGGGUGCAAGAUUGGUCUGACGCAGAAUGCGCCGAUUGCCUUGGUUGGUGUUUGACAGGAAAGGCGGUCGAUUUCUAUGCGUUGCUUACCGAAGGGAGAGGGACGGUACCUUACGCAGAGCUAAUGCAGCGACUGCAGGAGCGUUUUGGCGCCAGGGAGCUUACCGCCACCGCGCAGGGCCGUUUCCACGUUGCCCAUCAGGAAGUAGGCGAGUCCCUAGACAAUUGGUCAGAUCGGGCGCUGAAGCUGGCAACAGCGGCGUUUCGUGAUCUGCCCUAUGCAUACGCCGCUGAACAGGCAGUGACGAAGUUUUGUCACGGUUUGAUUGACGAGGAGGCCGGCAAGCAUGUUAGUCUGCAGUUACCAACAUCUAUGGGAGAUGCGAUGAACAUGCUGAAGAUAUAUUGCCAUGUUCAGUCGGCUUGCGCCGCGGCUCCGAGGUAUACCCAGAAGACUGAGCAAGAAGAGUCAAUGUGGGUUCACGAGGUGAAGAAAGCACCCACUGCGGAUGAGGUCAGUGUGUCGGCGGUCGACAAAUUGACCCAGGUGGUCGAGAAGUUGCUGGAUGCUGUGGAGAGAUUGUCAAACUCUUUUGGAAGUUCGGCCGUUGAUCCCUUUGUCCGACAACCGGGUAAGCCGUUUCGAAAUAAAAAAGGCUAUGCCGAAUACCCUGUGGAGUGCCCCUACCCAGGGAAGGUCCGGAACCGGUGGUACAACGACCAACGCCAGGUUAUGUAUCCUGCGGGAGCGGUUGGCGGAGGUUUACGUGGGCAUCGGAACCAAAGUUCAAAAGUCCGCCCUGAGGGAUCGUAUCGCGGCAGAUAUGGUUCCAACUGGGGACAUUUCCAUGCCAUGUCCUUGCCCAACCAUAAGGAGAAGGAGCCCGUUGUGGUAGCUGCGACGACUAAGCAGUUGGGCCAACCGGAAGUGGAUCAUGUAAACCAGCUAGGUCCAGUUUCCCAGUUCUGCAUGAAGGUGCAGCAUGCCAAGGACGUGCACGAUGCAGUUCCCUUGGUGCUGCCAACAGUGCCAGAUGUCGUCAGUGAUCCAAGGAUGGUCAUUGGCGAGAGCACUGAAGGAGACCAUGGAGAUCCUGUGUGCGAUGAUGAAUUUCGCGUGCAGCGCGUUGCGGUUCAGUCUGCGGAGGCGGCUAAAAGCAUGGCGACCGACAGGGCCGACCAGGUGGGGGCCAAAAUAGCCCAACGAAAAGCUGCUGAAACUACUCCGGCCACCGGAAGGUCAGUCCCUGUUAGACGGGCGACAGAAGUUGCCGCGUGUGACCGCCGUGAGGGCGGCGCAUGCGGAUGCCGAGUUACCCCAGAUGACAGCUGGGAAGGUGGUGUUCGAAGACUUGUUAGGCGUGGUUCCAAAGGGUGGCGACCCUCUAGUUCUCGCCGCUGGGAGCGGUCCCAGCGGUGGAAAUUAGGUUGGCGACCACCAGAGCGUCUAACUUCCAAAAUCUGUACCGCCUAAAAUUGUAAAUGGCGAGGUUAAGUGUUAGUAAAAUUAGGAAAACAAUGCAAAAUACAAUAUUCCCCCAAUUUAAAAAAUACAGUAAAGUUGCUGUGACAUUCUAUUCGCGGUGUUGAUAAUGUAUUACGGUGUACGCGGAGUAUAAAAGUAAUAUUUUUCUUAAACAUUUCGAUAAUAAUAAGCAUGUGAAAUUUAGGGUAUACUCUAGUAGUAACACUAAAAGCAGCAGCAGUAGUAAUAGUAGUAGUUGUAGUAGAAGUAGUAGUAGUAGUAGUUGUAGUAGUAGUAGAAGUAGUAGUAGUAGUAGUAGUAGUAGUAGUAGUGGUAGUAGUGAUGGUAGUAGUAUUAGUAGUAGUAGUAGUAGUAGUAGUAGUAGUAGUAAAAGUAGUUGCUGUACUAGUUGUUACUAUAGUUGUAUAUAUUAUGCCCAAAUACCAAAUGAAUAUUACCUAAAGUACGCGGAUAAUAAAAGUAAUAGUUCUCUUAGACAUUUUGAUUAGUUUGAUUAGAUUGUUUUGAAUAUAUAUAUGUCCUAUUGUCUCAGUUUAAGCCCAGUCUUUUAUUGCAAUAUUGUUGGAACUAUAAAAUUGAAAUUAAUCUGAGCAGUGCUCUGCGAAAUGGGGGUUUAAUGAAUAGGCAUAAAGUGUCGUCCCAAAUUAUCUUGUGCCGUCCGCGCUUAACUUCCUGUAAUUUUUGUAUUACCGCGCUAAGAAGUGCUUUGCACAGUCACGGAUGUGUUUGAUUAUUUCCCGUGAAGUCUGUUGGUGUUUUUUUUUCCUUAUGGUCGGGUGUGACAUUGUCGGACGACCGCUGUCACACCGCACCAUCGGAUGUGGUAACUACGCAGAUGGUGAAUAGGAACCCGGUUUCCCCUGCAAUAUCCCAGUCUUGGCACCUCCGUCACCUUUUAUCCUUCCAUGUUAAGAUUUGUGAGUCGAUCUAACUUCAAUCACUUCGUCAUUGCUGUAUCAUGUCAUUUAUUUCCGUAAUUUUCUAUAAAUUCUUUUCUACCAACCAUAUGCCGAGCAAUGUCGUAGAAUUUUGUCGAAUGAGUUUGUUUUUUAUAGGUGACAGUGCUUGACGACCACUGUCACACUCAAUACUGUUGGCCGGAAGUGGUAUUUCCCGGAGUUGUUCUUUUAAACAAUAUUUGCACGUCUUUUUAAAUUUGUGUGUGACCGUGCUUGACGGCAACUGUCUCGUAGCGUCAUUUUAAUUUUUUGAUUUGCCGGAGUUGUUUCCCGGUGCAUGUACACUUUUAUUUUGUUUUUAUUUUUGUAAAGUACAUUAUUUCUCAGUGUGAUCACCACAUUCUAAUACAUAAGUGACUGUACUUGUUGGACGAAAGCCAACAAGAAUGUUUUUUUCUUGAUUAAGCAAUUGUCGGACGAUAGCCGACAAUACUGUUUUUUUUAAUUAACUAAUGUGAUGGAAAUUUUCUUAUGCAAGAAACAUAUUGGUCACUAACCGCUAGAAUGCAGCGGUCUGUAUGUACCCCGCUAUGCGCUGGCACUCCUGUGCCUGCGGGAGGGGGAUCAUGGUCCCAUUUGAGUCUCUGUCUCUUCUGCCUUGGGUGCGACCGUAGGGCGGCGGCCCAAGAGGACAAAAGUGGGAGGAAUGUAGUGGGUACAAUAGUUUUAUUUUAAUUGUCUUUUCCUCCAUAUAAUGUCAAUGAUUAUGUUGCAAAAUACGUUCUCUGUAUAAAAUUAAAAGCAAUUAUAUGUAUUAUUUGGACAAAAAUAAGAUUAUUUUUAUUCUUAUAUUUUUAACCUUUUUGUCACUUAGAUAUUAUUUUAACGCAUUUGUAGUACCUUAUAGAAAGUUACAUUUCUUGUGAUUUUUAUUUUAAUAUAACCAAGAGGAUUUUUAUUGUAUAUUAUGCAGUCACAUGCAGAGGGCGUAGGCCUUCUCAUAUGGGCUGCGAGGGGAUGUAUUUGUAUGAUAUUUUAUGAUUUUAUUUGAUAAGUUAUGUUAUUUGUUAAAAUUUGUGAAAAUAGGUUGUAAGGUGGGUACACUUGUCCAAUUAUUGUGCAGACAAGAAAAGGAGCAAGAGUUACCGGACCUUAUUGUGAACUUUUAUUUUUAACUCUUUAUUAACAAAGAUUAUGGCUCAUAUGCGUUCAUAUUUGUGCGAAGGUGCUAAACACAAAUGGUCAUUUAAUGGAGAUGCAUUAACUUUAGUUGUGGUCUAUGGCAGGCGUUGCGCCAAAAGAGAGGUCGGACGAAAGCCGGCCGGCAUGCAGACCUAACUUUGAGGUGUUAGGUCAAGGUGCUUACGCAAGGGGCACUAUUACUUCAUCGGUUGCGCCGGUAUAAUUCCUUCGCUGUGUGGCGUCGUCCCAAAAGGAGAAAAGUGGGAGGAGUGUUGUGCCGGUGCCCGGUCUACAAAAUGCGCACAUACCUCGUGAUUGGGAACCAGCGACAAAUCGGAAUAGUGCAUGCUGGGCAGCACGAGUUUGUACGGUCUCUUAUGCACGGGUGACUGAUGCGAGUAGACGUAUUUUCCCAAGCUGAGUAUUGCUUGGAGUAAUUGUGAGCCUGACCGUAGCCGACGAGUGUCCACCCGCCGAGUCGACGAGUAUAGCCGACGAGUAUAGCCGACGAGUUCCCUCGAAGACGACGAGGACGAUUGGUGCCAUCCUGACGAGCAUUCCAGUUGAUGCCCAUGUGAGUAGUUUAGUAUCUUGUCGUUGCUAGUAAUUGCUGUAGUGGUUGUGAAAGAACCCCAAAGAGCUAACCGUAAAAACACUA